AGACCUGGCUCAAGAGUUCGGGCGACAGAGGGCGCUUUUGUACGUUUCGCCAUGGCAAGGUCGGCGCGCUCGAAGAUGGCCGCUCGAGGCUUUGUCGCUGCUGCCGUAUGGAUGGCAGUGCUUGGCCUGCGAUCCUCUACCUUCGUUCCCGAGGCCUUGCCUCGAAGAGAGUUAGUCGCAUCAGCGAUGUUGGCCGCUUUGGCGGGCGGAUCUCUCCCGGACCGUGCCGAAGCGCAAUAUGCUCCUGGCAAGAAUCGUAUCAACUCCCUCUCCCUGGAAAACGACAUCGCCGCCGGCAACUUCGAGGGUUACGACCUGAAAGGCACCUCCGAUCGCUUGGGGUCGAAGCUGACGAAUAACUACGAUAAGGUGAAGCCCAUUUGUGAAGAAGUCAGUGUGAGCGUUCAGGGUGGCUCCCGAACCAGCAUGGACGAUGCCACGAAGCGGUAUCUGUGCGAUCGGACUGACUUGAAGAAGCAGAAGGAGGAGGCCGGCCAGUACUCCUACACCAAGAACGCCAAAGAGAUUGAAGAUACCAAGUUGGAGGAGAUGCGGAAGGAACGGCAGGCGGAGAAAGAAGCCAGGCUGAAGAUGUUCAGACGGCCUCGAGAUCAGAUUGUGACCAAGUGAGCGUCACGAUGCGAAGAAGAACGAGCCGCGGCAAGAGCCGCUGCAAUCGCUUAAGACAAGCGAGGCCGAGUUUGGCAGAGCUCCAAGCAUAUGGUAUGGACCAAGAAUACUAUCUCC